GGCAAAACAGGCUCGCAGGAUGCGGGUGGGGGUGGGUGUAUAUGAACUAAUGUAGUCUGAUCAAACAUCGGCAACAAUCCCUGCAACCCACCAAGAUCCUCAGGUCCUUUGAGGGUAAAGUCAAAUCAUCAUGGCUGCAUCCUCCCAACUAUUCAGGGUCAUUCACGGCAGAAAAUUGAGUCAAAUCUUGGUGCCCUCCAUUACAUACCAAACCUGCUGCCAGUCUCCUCAUCCCUGCACCGAUGCAAGUCAGCCACACAGUUGGCACCAGUCACGAGGAUACAGGGCCUCAGCUGCAUUGCACACCUAUUACCUGACCCCACCUCAGGUUAACAGCAUCUUAAAAGCUAAUGAGUACAGCUUCAAAGUUCCUGAGUUUGAUGGCAAAAACCUCAGUUCAGUCAUGGGCUUUGACAGCAAUCAGCUACCUGCAAAUGCACCAAUUGAGGAUCGGCGAAGUGCGGCCACAUGCUUACAAACCCGUGGCAUGCUUUAUGGUGUUUUUGAUGGGCAUGCGGGCUGUGCCUGUGCGCAGGCACUCAGCGAAAGGCUCUUCUACUACAUCGCUGUUUCAUUGCUACCGCACGAGACACUGGUGGAGAUGGAGAAUGCAGUGGAGAGCGGUCGACCACUUCACCCAGUUCUGCAGUGGCACAAGCAUCCCAACGACUAUUUCAGUAAGGAAGCCUCACGCCUCUACUUCUCCAGCUUGCGCACGUAUUGGCAGGAGCUGCUGGAUCUGAGCAACCCUGGGGAGCGACCUGAUGUUGGAGAAGCACUUGUGAGUGCCUUUAAAAGGUUGGACAAUGACAUAUCCCUUGAAGCCCAAGUUGGUGACCCUAAUGCUUUCUUGCACUACUGGGUUCUUCGCGUAGCAUUCUCAGGCGCUACUGCGUGUGUUGCGCAUAUAGAUGGUAACGAGCUGCAUAUCGCCAACACUGGAGAUGGGCGUGCAGUGCUGGGCGUACAGGAACCCGAUGGCUCUUUUUCCGCACUCACUCUUACCAAUGACCACAAUGCACAGAACGAAUCUGAGGUGCAGCGUGUGCUGUCGGAGCACCCACUUUCCGAGGCCAAAACUGUAGUUAAGCAGGAUCGCCUGUUGGGAUUACUCAUGCCCUUUCGCGCAUUUGGAGAUGUAAAAUUCAAGUGGAGCAUCGAGCUCCAGCGUCGUGUUCUGGAGUCUGGACCGGAUCAGCUCCAUGAGAACGAACAUGCCAAGUUCAUCCCUCCAAACUACCACACGCCACCUUACCUUACAGCAGAACCAGAAGUGACACGACAUCGUCUCCGUCCGCAGGACCGUUUUCUGGUUCUGGGCUCGGAUGGGCUGUGGGAAACUUUACACAGGCAGGAGGUGGUGAGGAUUGUUGGUGAGCAUCUUACUGGAGUGCACCAGCAGCAGCCGGUCAGUGUUGGUGGCUUCAAGGUGACCCUGGGGCAGAUGCAAGGCUUGUUGGAGGAGAGGAAGGCUCGGAUCUCCUCUACAUUUGAGGACCAGAAUUCCGCGACACACCUGAUCCGACACGCGGUGGGGAAUAAUGAGUUUGGGUUGGUGGACCAUGAGAGAUUGUCAAAGAUGCUAAGCUUGCCAGAAGAAUUAGCUCGCAUGUAUAGAGACGAUAUUACGAUCAUUUUAGUGCAGUUUAACCCACAUGUCAUUGGCGGACAGUAGAACUGGACAUACUGUUUGUCACAUGCUUUCUGUUACAUAUACUGUAUCAUCAAUUCUAUCUAAAUCUCAUCGCCGCAUUGUCGGUAAUAUCAGCACAUCAACUAUAUCAGUGGAAUGUAUUGAUCUGUGUGUAUACUUUUAUGUUCGUUUUUAUUUUCACACAUUUAUGGCAGCUGCCUUUGAGGGGAAUCUUAAUAUAUCAGCAGGCGAGCGGUUGAUUCUCAUCAUGUUAUAUGUGGCAAUGAAUCCAAACAGAAAAAGUCAUGCUAAGCCCAACACAGACUAUUUAACAUGUUAUAAUACAAAACAUAAUCAAGACUGGAACUUGCAUACAUGUUCAAAUGCACUAAUAUAAAUGAAGCACACUUUGUACUGUGGAGAGACUAUUAAUGGUCAGGAUGACUGUAAUGUGCCAAAAUCUGCUUUAAUGUAACAUGUAGGCUUUUAUUUUUUUUUACUAAUUUGUUUUGAAUGAAUCAAUGAAUGAAAAGAAAAUGAAUACAAAGGUCAUUAAAACAGGGUGAUAGAAGGAGAGAUAUUCAGGGUGGCCCUAAAAAAACAGGGCCACUAUGUUUGAUUGCUCAUAUCUUAAAAAGACAAACCAACGCAACAAAAAAUACGGAAACAAUUAUAUACAUUAAACCCCUCCCCCCAAAAAUUCCCCCCUACCCGACAAUUAAACAUAUGAAUGGAAUCAAUAAAAAUGGUUAAUAAUAACAACAACAAAAAUAUGCAUAAAGCAGUUAACAAGAUUUUUGGCAUACUUCUACGACUUUUUGUCAACAAAAUUAUGCAACAACUUCCUUCAAAUAAAAAAAUCAUUUGGCUCCAAAAAAGGGGCAACAUGGAGAAAGAAUCACCUAAGUUUACUGACACUGAAAACUUAUCUAAACAAUUUACUCAUUUAUUUGUUGCUCACGAUGAUGUCACAGUGACAUCAUUUUAUUGUUUACAAAAAGUCGUAGUAGUACGCCAGAAACCGUAAAAACGCCUUUAUGUAUUUUUAAGAUAUGAGUAAUCAAACCUAUUGGCCCUGUUUAUUGGCCACUCUGUAGAAUGAGAUAGAAGGCAAAAUAGGUCAAAACAAGUACUUUACACUUUAAUGAUCUGUAAAUGUGAUAAGGCUGUUUAAUGAGAGAAGUUGCCUUAAUGUUUUAUGUAAGUUGAAAUGAAACUUACAUUUCUUAUGUAUUUUUAUUUGUCCAAUGCCACUACUUACCCUGGAAAAUAAUGUUGUUUUUGGGAUUGGUUUUUAUAAUGGCCUUUGCUUGCUGAGGUUUGUUUUAGUGCCACUUGCAGUUGUAAUCAUUCUUUAUUUGAUUAGUAGGUGCUCUUUCUUGAAGAGUCUUGUAGUUCAAAGGUUAAUUGAAACAUAGUUUGCUCAACCAACGUACCUUCUCAUUAUUGUCAAAAUUUUCUUUUUUUUUUGGAACCAGAGGUUGGGGCUUGCAAAGUAAGACAGAAGUUCCAGAUUGUUCCUUAAUUGCCAUUUUUAUGUAUGCAAAAUAUUUUCUCAUGCCAUUCUUACCCCAGUCCCCCUGAUAUUUAUGGUAUAUCUGUUGUGCUGCUGGCCAUUGCUGAAAUUCCUCUUUGGUUGCCUGAGGUUUGCUGGGCCUGUCUGUAAGGGUAAGAACAGGUAUUUUAGGAAACAAAGGUUAAUGACACACACACACAAAUAUAUACAAUCAAGCUUCUUUGAACUCAUAAGCAUACAAAACCCCAUCUGUAUGUUAACACUACACAGAGAAAAUAUAAACCUGAAGGAUUGUGUUUCUAAAGUCAUUUAUUUGAUUUCCAUGUUGAAUCAGUGCCAUAAAGUUGUUCUUCCUUCUCUUUGUCAGAGGGUUAUUUAGCAAGGUUAAAACCAUAAAUCUGUGUCUGAUUGUACUUUCUAGUCUGUCUUCAGGCUAUACUUUUGCACAAGAAAGAACACGCACUGCUGAUUACAAUAUAACAUUUUUAGAGUAAUAGUCCAUCAGCAAACAGUGUUAUUGAGGUAAUACUGUUAUAAAGGUAUGGUCCACACGUUUGCAAAUAUGUAAAUAGAGACUGCUUUUUCUUGGAAAAGCAAAUGCUUAAUACUUGAAGUGGAUGUAUGCUGCAGCUUGUUAAGUUAAAAAUGUAAAGUAUUUUUAACAUUAUUUAGCAGCAUGUCACAAGUGUAUAACAACGUUACUCUUUGCUGGUGCAUGAAAAUGCCUUGUGCAGGUACUCUUGCUCUUUUGUAUUUAGAAUGUUUUAAUAAAAGAGUUUUA